CGCAACACGCAGAACACACUGGAAGAAAACUCCACUCACCCCACCCGCACUCUACUGAAGAGACAUACAGAAAACAAAGAUAACUACGUAUACAAAAAUUACAAUUACAUAUGCAUCACUGUAUCUAUAUCUCUGUAUCUCUCCCUAAACAGCAGACUCAUAAUUUCCUGCCUCAAUUUCUUUCCACAAUUCGAUAAAGAUUUAGCAUGACAAUCGCUACUAGUAUUUCAAUUGUUCGUCACAAAUUACAUCCGUUCACUUCCGCAGCCGUCUUCUGCCACCGGCGUUGCGUUGUUUCCGCCGCCCGACGGCAGGAGCAAAACUCGGGGAACGUCUCGAGAAGGUUUCAACAGCAGCCUGAGAAAAACCUCCUCAAGGCUCGCGAAACGUUCAAAAAGCAAUUUUCCUCCCUUGCCCCGGUCCUCACACAGAAAGACAAGCCUAAUCUCGAGGAAAAUCAGGCUAUUGGCACUGUUGCCGCCUCUCAAGCCAAUUUUAUGCGCGUUAUAGUCAAUUCGCUGCCUGUAGAAGAUGCUAGAACGGAGAAUUCGGAAAGAUUUGGAGUGGAAUUGUUGUGUGUGGUGAAGGCCGUACUGAAGAAGAUAAAGAGGAGAGUGCUUGUAGGGGAUAGGGUUUUGGUGUCGUCGAUUGACUGGGUGGACAGGAGAGGAAUGAUUGAUAAUGUAUUUCAACGAAAGAGCGAGAUUUUGGAUCCACCAGUAGCGAAUGUGGAUCAUUUGUUGGUGCUUUUCUCAAUGGAGCAGCCAAAGCUCGAGCCGUUUAUACUUACCAGGUUCCUUGUGGAGGCUGAAUCUACGGAACUUCCGCUCACUCUUGCAUUGAAUAAGGCAGAGCUUGUUGAUGAACACAUAUUAGUAGAGUGGAAAUCUCGGCUUCGUAGUUGGGGCUAUGAACCAGUCCUCUGCAGUGUCGAUACUAAACGGGGACUUGAUACUCUGAAAUUCAUUCUUAGAGACAAGACCUCUGUAAUUGUUGGGCCAAGUGGUGUUGGUAAAUCAAGUUUGAUCAAUGCUUUAAGAGGCAAUCGGCAUGUUCCUGGAGCUGCUGAAGAUGAUAAUUGUUUUGAACCUAUUCUAGGUAGCAAGUGGUUCGAAGAGCAGCGUGUUGGAGAAGUUUCAAUGAGAAGUGGAAGAGGAAAGCACACUACUAGACAUGUUUCACUGCUUCCAUUGUCUGAAGGAGGAUAUCUUGCCGACACGCCAGGAUUUAGCCAGCCUAGUUUGAUGAAAGUUACAAAGCAAUCCCUUGCCCAACAUUUUCCAGAGAUUGAGAAAAUGCUAAAGAAUAAUGCAGUUGGGAAAUGUUCCUUCAGUGAUUGCUUACAUGUUGGUGAACCGGGGUGCCUUGUAAAAGCAGAUUGGGAAAGAUAUCCUUACUAUCUUCAGCUGCUUGACGAGAUCCGAAUCAGAGAGGAGUUUCAAUUGCGGACUCUUGGAACGAAAAGAGAGAGCGAUGUUAGGUUUAAGAUGGGAGACCUGGGUGUCAAGCAAGCAGAACCAAGGUUGGAGCCUAAGAAGCAUAGAAGACUCUCACGCAAAAAGGUGAACCAGUCUUUAUUAGACGAGUUGGAUGAACUUCUUGAUGAUGAUGAUGAAAUAUUUGAUGAAGAUCCGAUUAUCAGGGCAAUGAGACAAGAAAACCAGUAGGCAAAAUGCUGCAUAAAACCAUGUUUUAGGAAUAAAUAGGCCGCAUUGUGGAUCACCAUCCAUUGUAAAUACUGGUAAAUUCCCUAACCCUUCUGCUGAACGAUGAUUCUGUACCAAUCAAAAAGAUGAUAUGAACGAAUUUUCACGUCAUUUCAUGUCAAUAGAAAGAAAUGAUGGAUGAUUGUUGUUGAAGCUAUAACACUAAUCGACAAGCUGAACGUAAGUUGAAAGUUCUGUUUCAAGUUCUCAGCUACUUUUCUUUCAGAAAUUUUGUAAAUUUGAAGCACAGAUUUUUCCCUUGAAAUUGUUUACCCAUGCA